AUGGGUUCCGGAGAAAAGCCCACUGUCGCUCCGGCGGCGUUCCAUUCCCAUGACCCUGAGUCCGGCGAUGUCAAGUCGGGCACCAUGCAGGCCAUGGUGGAGGCCGACCUGCUCGAUGAGCGAUACAUGAAUACCCAACGUGGUCUCAAAAAUCGACAUGUACAGCUGAUGGCAUUGGGAGGUACAAUUGGAACCGGUCUGUUCGUGGGUUCGGGUCAAGCGCUAGUCAUUGGUGGGCCAUUGUCUCUGCUCCUGGGCUACACCUUCAUCUCCGCACUCAUUUAUGCGAUCGUCACUGGAAUCGCCGAAGUCGGUGCCUACAUGCCAGUCCACGGUGGCACCAUGAGCUAUCAUGGUUUUCGCUAUGUCUCACGGAGCUUGGGCUUCGCCAUGGGAUACCUGUACUGGUACUCGUUAGCGAUUCUGGCAGCCUAUGAAAUCGUCGCCGCGUCCAUGGUCAUCGAGUACUGGCCUACUAGCGUCCAUAUCGCCGUCUGGAUUACCAUCAUGCUAGUGGUCAUUGUGGCACUCAACUUUCUUCCGGUCGGUGCCUACGGAGAGAGCGAAUUCUGGUUUGCCGGGAUCAAAAUCAUCACCCUCAUCGGCCUUCUCCUCCUCUCCUUCAUCCUCUUCUGGGGCGGCGGUCCGAACCGUCAGCGUCUCGGCUUCCAUUACUGGAAAGACCCCGGUGUCAUGAACACAUACUUGGUCAGUGGGGAUCGUGGUCGCUUUGUCGGUCUCUUACAAUGCAUCGUCAAGAGUGCCAUCGCGUUCCUCUUUGCCCCCGAACUCGUGGUGAUCAGUGGCGGUGAGAUGGAAUCCCCGCGCCGGAACAUCCCUAAGGUUGCACGUCGCUAUAUCUACCGACUCGUCAUCUUCUACUUCCUAGGUUCGCUUGCGAUUGGCGUCAUCUGCCCGUCCAACGCCGCGGAGUUGGUACACGGCGAUGGCCACGAUGCCUCCUCCUCCCCCUUCGUCGUCGCGAUUGCCAACGCCGGAAUUCCCGCACUGAAUCACAUCGUCAAUGCGGCCAUCCUCACGUCUGCCUGGUCGGCCGGAAACUCCUUCCUCUACAUGUCGUCCCGCUCACUCUACAGUCUGGCGGUAUCGGGCAAUGCCCCCAGCAUCUUCAAAACCUGCAACCGGUGGGGUGUCCCUUACUACGCGGUCGGCGUCUCUUCCCUCUUCCUCUUUCUCGCAUACCUCUCUGUGGGGAGCGGCAGCAACACGGUCUUUAACUGGCUGAUCAACUUCACCAACACCUCCGGGUUUAUCAGUUGGACCUGCUGCGGCAUCAUCUACAUCCGGUGGAACAAGGCCAUCAACGUGCAAGGCAUCGAGAAGCCCUACCGCUCCGUCAUGCAGCCCUAUGGCAUGUAUAUCGGCAUGGGUGGUGCGAUCUUCUUGGCUCUCAUCAACGGCUUCACUUGCUUCUUCCCAUCGGAAUGGUCCGCAUCCAACUUCUUCACCGCUUACAUCGGUAUUCCCGCCUUCCUCGUCUUAUACGCCGGUCACCGGAUUCUGUUCUGGCAAGACCCAUGGGCGUGGCGACCAGAAGAGGUGGACCUGCAAACAGGAUUACAGGAGAUUUUGGCGGCAGAGAAACCACCCCGACCGAGGGAUACAUGGGGCAGGAAGCUGAUGGCGCUGAUCGAAUGA